AUGGCCGCAUUAAGUUCAGAUGAGAAUCUGCCUUUUGAAGUUGACAAUUUAGAAUUAGAACAGUCCUACGUUGAUCCUGAAAAUAAUUUAGAAGAUGAAACUGAUGAUUCUGGCGAUUUUAACGCAGAGAACGAAGUUGACGACAACGUCCCCAAUGUGGACACUGAAAGUGAAUUAUCUUUCAAAUUGGACUAUGACUACUGCCAAGAUGACGAAAAUGAUUCUGAAAAAUGUAACAUAAACGAUAAUGAGUCCCAAAAUUCUGCCGAUAAGGGAUCCUACGGUGUUUACAACGACUUUACAAAGCCCGCGGGGCUCUCUUCAGAGCGCUGUGUUCGUGACUUCUUGACAGCAAAAUUCAGAAAAUACCACUCGGACAAAUAUGUGGUGAGUGAAUCAGUGGAUAAAAGGGCAGAUAAUUGCCGUGGUUACUCGAACACUAAGGAAGUUAGUACGGCGAUCACCGAAAACGAUAUUAGGGAAAUUGUGAAGUCGAACUACUUGAUGCGAAGAGAGAACCGUAUGAGGGGAAUGAGCCAUGUUGAUAUAUUUGGCGCAAGUGAAGUGAGCAACAAGCGUCGCCUAAAUCUGAGUGUUGAACCUAUCUACGACGUCAACGGAGUUGCUGGCAGCAAUAGGGACUCUGAAUCGAAGAGCUGGGUCAACAAAAGAAUGAGAUCGAACGAUUCUAUGUCUGUGAAUUCGGAAAGCAAUUAUGUCAUGGGUAGGGACUCCGUAACUGCUGGUGCUUUCAGUGACACUGCCAGCGUUAAGGACGACAUUUCGAAGGUCGUUAGCCUGUUUGUGAUUCAGUUAUCCGGGUUGAAAUCCGACGCUUGCGAAACGCAACUUAUUAAGAUUUGUGAUUCCUGCAAACUGCACGUUAUUUCAGUAAAUUUGGACAGAAACAUACUGACGCACUCUUGUACGGGCACGGGGACUAUUAAGGUGAGGAGUUCGAACAGUGAACUGUAUCAUCUUCAAGACCUGUUAAGAGAGAAUGGAUACACGUGUAAAGUGAAGUAA